AGAUUGGAGCAGGACCAAUAGCAUGAGAGAGGGAGCAGGACAGGAGAGGAUCCAUUUUCAUGGUCUCAACUAAGAAAUCUGAACUCAUCGAUCAUUUUGUCCCAUCCCCAACAAAAUACCUCUCAUUUUUCUCAAUUUGAUUUAAGGAAAAAAAAAUCAACAACGACAAUGAAGAACAACAUUAGGGAAACACCGCAGCCUCGUCAUGAAGCCAAUACUUCUCUGCAUCCUGUUGUGGUAAGUGGCAGAGAAUCGGAGCAUGAGGAUCCGGAGGCUGUGAUAAUUGGGGGUAUGGUGUUGGAUAUUCAUGCCACACCUUCAAUCCAUGCAAAUCCAGGAACUACUACCCCUGGCAAGGUCUUCUAUAUGGAAGGAGGUGUGGCUAGGAAUGUAGCAGAAUGCAUGUCAAAGUUAGGAGCUAAGCCAUACAUGAUUAGUGCUCUUGGGUUUGAUAUGGCUGGAAACCUACUGUUGGAACAGUGGAAAACUACUGGCCUAUCAAAAGAAGGUAUAUUGAAGAAUAAAGAUAUUGAGACUCCAGUCGUAUGCAAUAUAUUUGAUGUUAAUGGCGAAGUAGCUGCUGGUGUUGCUAGUGUGGAAGCUCUUGAAAAAUAUUUGACACCUGACUGGAUUUUACGCUUCAAGAGCACUUUACUUUCUGCUCCAGUGUUGAUGGUCGAUGCAAAUCUAAGCGGUCCUUCCCUCGAAGCUUCUUGUAAAAUGGCAGCUGACACGGGGUGCCCUGUCUGGUUUGAGCCGGUGUCAGUUACUAAAUCCCGAAGAAUCAGUAGUAUUGCCAAGUAUGUAACUUUUGCUUCCCCAAAUGAAGAUGAACUUAUUGCGAUGGCAAAUGCUUUAUCCGGUAGCGGCGAGUUCCAUCCACUUAAAGAAAAUCAUAAAAAAGACAACCUAUCAACAGAAUCUUUGUUUCAAAUACUGAAACCAGCAAUAUUGGUUUUACUAGAAAAAGGCAUUAAAGUGGUUCUAGUGACCUUAGGCUCAAAUGGAGUGUUUUUAUGCAGUAAAGGAGGGCCAAACUGCUUUAAAAUUCCCGUUGCGAAAACAAAUUCGAGCAGUUUUAGUGGACAAUUAUACAAUGCUGUUAUGCAUAACUGUCCACCUAAUUGUUAUUCUGGUUUUUCAGAACAUGAUAGAAGCAAUCGUGUCUUUGCUGUGCAUUUGCCUUCCCUCCCUGCUUCAGUUGUGAGGCUUACUGGGGCUGGUGAUUGCUUGGUUGGUGGAACACUCUCGUCAAUUUGUACAGGAUUAGAUAUUAUGCAAAGCGUGUCUGUUGGCAUUGCAGUUGCUAAAGCCGCUGUUGAGGUGGAGUCAAAUGUCCCUUCUGCUUUCAGUUUAUCUGCCAUUGCUGAUGAUGCCAAGUCUGUAUUCUGUCAUGCCAAAGUGCUGUUUCACCAAUCGAUGAUGUAGGUUUUGCAUGAGGACCACGUUAACAACCUUCUUUGGGGCUUAUAAAAUAUGGUGGGACAUCAUCCCCAAUUUUCACGCCUUUUAAGUCAGAAGAAAUAACUAAUUUUAGAAUUUUAUGAGUUGGACACACUGAGUAACAUGUUUUACUAGAUCAUUUCAUCAAAUUCGGUAACAAUCUUUUCUCUUAAAUGUGAUGUUUUUAUUUUACUGUUUUUCUUUAAAUAAAAAUAGAUGUGGCCGGGGUAGCCAUAUCUUGUUCUUUGUCUUAAGAUUUUCAGUAUAAUCCUCAAAGCCUUGUGAAAGACACGUUGUACGUUGUAACCAUCAUAAAUCUCAAGAAUUAUCGAUGAUUUAUAAUAGAACGUGUGUAAUUUAUAAUGGGAAAAUAUCAAAUUUGAAACCAAA